UGAAACUCUUGUUCUUCUGAAACGGUAAUAUCCAUUGUCUAAGAGAGAAAUUAAUUAGUAGAUAGUAAAUAAAUUUAUAGGAAGAAUUAAUGGAGGAGAUUAUGAAGCAUCCAGAUGAAUUAUACCCAUUGAUGAAGCUCAUGUUAUCAGCUAAACGCGUCCAGAAGAAGACGUCAGGGUGGCUGUUGCGGCCACACUGGGCCUUCUGCUACGUUACUCUCCGCAAGGUGUCUCGUAGCUUUGCUCUUGUCAUUCAACAGCUUCCUAGUGAUCUUCGUGACGUGGUUUGUGUUUACUAUUUGGUUCUUAGAGCACUUGACACUGUUGAGGAUGAUACCAGCUUAGCAACUGAGAUUAGAGUACCCAUCUUAAAAGAUUUUUAUUGCCACUUACAUGAUCCUGAAUGGCAUUUUUCAUGUGGUACAAUGGCCUUCAAGGUUCUUAUGGACCAAUUCCAUCAUGUUUCCACUGCUUUCCUAGAACUUGAUACAAAUUAUCAGGAGGUGAUUAAGGAUAUUAUCAAGAGGAUGGGUGAAGGAAUGGCGAAAUUUCUAUGCAAGGAGGUAGAAACAAUUGAUAAUUAUAAUGAAUAUUGUCACUAUGCAGCUGGACUUUGUGGAUUAGGUUUGUCAAAACUUUUUUAUGCUUCUGGAAGAGAAGAUUUAGCACCAGAAUCCCUCUCGAUUUCUAUGGGUUUAUUUCUUCAGAAAAUAAGCAUCAUUAGAGAUUAUCUAGAGGACAUAAAUGAAGUACCAAAAUGUCGCAUAUUUUGGCCCCGUCAAAUUUGGAGUAAAUAUGUUAACAAACUCGAGGACUUUAAGUACGAGGAAAACUCGGUCAAAGCAGUACAAUGUCUGAACGAAAUGGUCACUAAUGCUUUAUUACAUGUAGAAGAUUGUCUGGUUUACAUGUCUAAUUUACGAGAUCCUGCUAUCUUUCAGUUCUGUGCAAUUCCGCAGGUCAUAAAUAUGGGGAAUUUGACGAUGUACUACAACAACGUUGAAAUUUUCAAAGGUUCUGUAGAAAUGAGACGAGGCCUCUGUGCUAAGAUUAUUGAUCAGACGAGGACGAUGGCUGAUGUCUAUGGAGCUUUCUUUGACUUUUGUUGUAUAAUGGAAUCUAAGGUUGAUCGUGAUGAUCCAAAUGCAACAAGUACUUUGAAGAGGCUUGAAGCAAUUUCGAAAACUUGCAAAGACUCUGGAACCUUGAUCAAUCGAAGAAGGUCUAUCGGAAACAGUCUCUCUACCUACUUUUACAAAAUAGGUGGGUAAAGUUGCAUGCACACCACCCUCGGGAUACACUGAGUAUGUUAUUGUUGUUUACAUAUACUUUAGUUUUCCUGCAUUCAAUCUUUUCUUUUGCAGAUUAUCUUCUUUUUCAUCAUGCUGGCUAUGCUUUUAUCAACAAAAAUACCUUAAGAGACCAUAGGUGAGCAAUCAGAUGACUAUAUGUGUUCUUACUUGAGUAAAAUGCAAAGAAAGUUAAAAUGACAAUUUCAAAAAAAAUGAUUGGCUUCAGAUUUUGUCAAGUCAAUCAUAUUUAGACAAUAUUUUGUUUUCUAAAUUGUGUAAAAGGGGAAAAAAAACUUGGUUGCUAUAUUCAGCAUUUUGAAUUAUGUUGUUCGGACUCUUCAAAAAUAUUGUUGCUCCCAUGUUGAAUCCUUUGAACAUGCACUAUUUUUGGAGGAUCAGACACACACACACAUUGACAUUAUUGAAGAGUUCGAACAACUUAGAUUCUUAGCGUCUACUUUUCUGUAUUUACUGCUAACUUAUCAUAUUGUGGAAAUAGUACCCUAUUUAUUUUCCUUCAUUCGAUUUUUGCAGGUUUGAUAUAGAAGAAAAAGAGAAGCCUAGUCAAACAAGUUAAACCAAGUUUGUAAAAGAAUUUAAAAUGAUUUCUGUAUCCAUAAUAUCCUUUAAAUAUUUUUAAAAUAUUAUAUACACUAUCUCAAUUCCAAA